UAAUGGGAGCGAAGCAGUAGAUAUUAGUUCAAUAAAUGAAGGAAAAAAAGCAGAAAACGUUGCGGAGGAAUUUGAUUAUAGAAAUGAAGUAAUUAAUAUUUUCCCCGAAUACAAAUUCGCUCUUUUUAAUUAUGGCGAAGAAGGGAAAAGUACCAGCACUUAUAAACUGAUAAAAGAGGGUGGCGGAGAGUAUAGAUUAUACAGAUACCUAGUAGCCGAGAAGUUUCAUCAUUUAGAACGCAUAAUAGAAAAUUAUUUCCGCGAAAAUGAAGCCAAAAUUUAUAACUCGACUAACCAUAAUGGUGGUCGAGAAAUUAAAAUUGGAAUUACCAAAGAGGAGUUUGACAAAAAAGAAACAAAAAACUUAAAAGGUAGAGGAAAAUAUUUUAGCGGAAGGGAAAUGCUAGAAACUGAUUGGAAUCUUUACACAAUGACUUCUAACCAACCACUAACUCAAGUUGAAAAAGAAAAUUAUUACCGAAGUUUAAAAGAGAGAUUUCAAGAGCAAUGGCCACAUCGUGAAAGACUUUGCAGAGAAAAGGCUCAGCGAAUGGAAUAUUCCGGCAAUAAGGAGAACGAAAAAUUUCUCCUUGCACGAGCCCUUGCUAACGAAAUUAGAGCGGAAUUAGAUGAAAAUAAAAAUAUUAAAAUUUGUUCUGAUAAAUGCGGGUAUGGUUUAUCAAAAAAAACACCAAUUGUCCCAACACAGGAGCAGAAUUCCCCAGUUCCAAUUUCGCCAAAAACCGGCGGAACAGGAAAGGCAGCAAACAAGAAAAAUAACCAAAUUGGCGAUAGUGAAAAAUCCCAACUCCUUUCCUAUUUUCUUGCUAAAAAUAUCUCUAAAAUUAGUUUAGAAAAUGGCAAAUUAGUAAUUGAAUAUAAAAACAAUAAUAAAAAGGUCAUUGAAAAUGAGGACCAAGAAUUAACAAAAUACCACCAACUUAUUCAAAACUUACCUAACCAAUCCCUUUCUCUCUCUGAAUUACAAAGUGAUAACCCUAACAAUUCUUCCGCUCCUAGCAAAAAUAAUACCGCAAUUUUUAUUAGUUUAGCCGUUGGAGAUUAUGUGGUUUUGGUAAAUGCUAAAUACAUUACUUUUACGGGUAAUAAUAAAUUAAAUAAUGAGUUCUAUUAUAAUCAUUCUGGAUAUCCUGGUGGGCUACGGAAAAGAAGCACUCGUUUAAUGCUGGAAAAAUACCCGCAAGAACUAGUUAUGCGAAUUAUAAAAGAAGGAAAAAUUAACCGAAUAGAAAUAAAAAAUGAUGGAGUGAGAUAUAAUAAUGAAAGAUCCAUGGGGAAAAAUUAUCAAAAAUACCAACAAUUUGCUCCAAACACAACUCAAACUGAUUCUUGGUCGAGCGGUGAGGAAAGAAAGAUAACUACUUCUGGUUUUUCUCCUACUAUUAGCUAUCUAGAAAUCAAUUUUGGAAAUGACAAUGCCAAAAUGGCUGAGUAUAAGGCUAAUUUACAAAUUGGGAAGAAGUAUCAUUUUAAUGGAGACGAUUUGCAAAAUGCCAAAAUUUUAACCAACAAGCGAUUAGACUUAAAUAAUUCGGCUGACAAAGUUCCGGAAAUCCGA